AUUUAGAAAUACUUGAAAGAUUAAAUUCUACACUUUCCAAGCAAGUUAUUUUUAUUUGUCAUGGGAUUAUCAGGAAUUACUUUGCCCGCGUUCUAGAGGCGCGUAAAGUGAGUACCAGGGUAAGUGAUGGCUAUAGAGUGAGGUGUCACUUGAAACUGCGUGUAUAAGAAUUUAUGUUCUGUGACACUCACACUGUGACUAAUGGAUGCCUGUGAAGGGGUUUUCCGAACAGUCAGGAGACGCACUGCCAGGGCUUCCUUCGUCUUGCAUUGUCAGUCUCUGCAAUGUCACAGCAGAAUGAAGCUCGACCGGGGACACAGGUCACUGAUGGCAUGGACUUGGACGACGUCUUGCCUCAUGUGGGGGAGUUUGGACGCUAUCAGAAGCUGUUGCUGUGGCUAGUUUGUCUUCCCGCUUGCGUACCGUGUGGCUUCUGUGCCUUCAACCAGUUGUUCAUGGCCGAUGUCCCCGAUCACUGGUGCCAUGUGCCUGAGCUCAUGGACCUGCCCGGUAUAAGUCCCCAGGACCUCAGACAACUUACUAUUCCUCCUGACGAAAAGUCAAAUUUGACAUUCAGCCAGUGUUUGCGCUACGCAGUGAACUGGACAGCGCUGCUGCAAACACACUCCCUAGCGGAGAUCGCCCCAAACGAGAGCUGGCCUGUCGAGCCAUGUUCCGCAGGUUGGGAGUACAACACCACGCAAGUUACAUCUUCCAUUGUUAUAGAUGUGGGUACACAAAAAUUUUGAUAUUUUAAUGUAUUUGAAGUGCUCUGUGAUACUGGAAUGUCAAAAUCUUAGCCAUCACUUAUUCUUCCCAUAACAUUGUUCAUUCUUAGUUUGUUUAAUGACAGGUUUGGGCGACGUCUGUCUUUCUUCACGUGUUUGGUCGUCUUGAUAAUUGGGAACUUACUGUCUGCAGCUGCUCCAGAUUUCUGGCUAUGGGCCACAUUGAGAUUCAUAGUAGGGCUUACAGUGCCUGCAAUCUACCAAAUUCCAUUCAUCAUUUCAUUGGAACUUGUGGGCCUUAACUACCGUUCAUUUGUAACAGUGAUGACCUGUCUGUUCUACUCGGCAGGCCUCAUUUUAUUGGCUGGAGUGACGUAUAUGGUGCGGAAUUGGGUUAUCCUGACACUCGUUACCUCUGCCCCUUUUCUGUUAUACUUCAUAUACUGGUGGUUCCUUCCAGAAUCUCCAAGAUGGUUGCUUGCUAAAGGCCGCUUUGAAGAAGGGUCACAAAUCCUUGAAACCUUGGCAAGGGUAAAUAAAAAUGAGCUACCACCAAGCUUCAAACUGAAACUCAAGCAACGCAUGAUGUUGCAGCGUACCCACAGUGAGGAGGCAAGAUUGAAGAAAGGUCCUGGCGCGAUGGCCUUGUGCCGCACUCCGAACAUGCGUCUGAAGACAGCACUCAUCACUCUUAACUGGUUUGCUAAUGAGACUGUGUAUGUGGGUCUAAGUUACUAUGGGCCAGUACUGGGCAGUGACCAUUAUAUAAGCUUCUUGCUGUCCUCACUUGUGGAGAUCCCCAGCUACCUGAUAUGUUGGGUGGUAAUGGAUCGUUGGGGUCGGCGCUGGCCACUCUGUGUGUGCAUGAUCCUGAGCGGAGUUAGCUGCAUCAUCACUGUCUUGCUAUCAGAAGAUGCUGUUAUUGAGACGCUUUUACUGUUCCUGCUCUCCAAAUUCUUCAUCUCGGCAUCUUUUCUCAUUAUUUACCCGUUUGCUGGAGAACUUUAUCCCACGCAGCUGAGAGGUAUUGGUAUCGGGAUGUCUGCGUACAUUGCCGGCCUUGGUCUCGUCGUCAUACCAUUUGUUACGUAUCUGGGAACAGAACUUCUGGUGUUACCGUUGGUGAUUCUGGGUGUGGUGUCGGUUGUGGGCGGGUUGUCAGGGCUGCGUCUACCAGAAACUCUGCAUCAUCGCUUGCCACAAACUGUGGAAGAGGGAGAGGAAUUUGGUAAAGACUGGACCUUUGCUGAGUGUUUGCAUUGCAUCCCUGUCAGACAUUCUCCUGUGGCCGGAUCGUACGAGGACCUGAGUAAUGACAAAGACUCAUUGGAGUUGUCAUUACAAAAAUCUGCAGAGCCUGAGAACAAAACUCAAGAUGAGGUGGUGCCACAUAGUAAGGACUCUUCCCGCAGAGCGUCCACCAGGAUGCCUCGACUUGUCCGUCAGUCCAGCAUGAUGGAGACUCCAGUUGACACAUCAGGUGCCAUGAAGAUGACAUACUGGUUCUAAAUAUACUUUAUUGCAUAUGUCUGAAGUACCUGUUAUACAAAUCCUGAUGAUCAUAUGUAGAUUUAUGAAAAGACCAUUUAAUGUUUUUUGCUGUAACCCAGUGCUUCUGAAACCUGGGUAAAUUACCCAAAAGUUGGUAAAAGUGGUUUUUCUUUGGGUAAUGACACACCCAUUUCUGUGUGACUUGACUGAAAUCCCCGAUAAUGUUAAUGGUUUUGCAGAAAAAAGGUUGAACUUAGGUCAAGCAGUCAGAGCAAAAUGUUAUUUGAAGAAAAAAAGGGCCAUUUGGAGUCGUUCUGGUUAACAAUUCACGAUGAAUAUCCUGUGGUUGCUGGGGAGGCCGUGAUGCAAUUAUUGCAGUUUCCGAGCACCUACGUGUGUGACGUAGGAUUUUCCACUCUUGCCUUCAUAAAGAGCACAAAACGAAACUGUUUUCUGAACUCCGAAUACGAUGUGAGGUGUGCUGUGUCUCCAAUUGCUCCCAAUUUUGCGGAUCUAGUAAAUAAGUUGGAGCAGUGGCAUUGUACUCAUUAGCUGGGACCUGGGUGAUGAAAUAUUCAUGCUGAAUAAUUACCAAAUUUUUUGUGGCUGCUAAAAUGUUUAGAGAUGUUUAAAAUAAAGACAUUGCAUCAAA